AUGACCACAGAAAAGGGAUUGCCCAUGGAGAUGAAGAGUACCAUGGAGGGGGAUGUCAGGAGGACCAAUCAGGAUCAUGACAGUAAGACGUCAGAUGACCAUCAUGGGGACAUGGAUGACAGCUCAGAGAAGACCCCCAGCAAAGCAUCAAAAUCCCCCCAGAAAUCUUCCAAACGCCCCAAAACCGUUCCUGUCAAAAUCUCCCUACUUGACGGCUCAGAGUAUGAAACUGGAGUAGAGAAAUUUGCCAGGGGGCAGUCCGUGCUGGACAUGGUGUGUGGCCAUCUGAACCUGCUGGAGAGGGACUACUUUGGGCUGACGUUCUAUGACACAGACAACACCAAGAAUUGGCUGGACCCGUCAAAGGAGAUCAAGAAGCAAAUCCGAAUUGGCUCAUGGCAUUUCGGCUUUGCUGUCAAGUUUUAUCCCCCUGACCCAUCUCAGCUCACUGAAGACAUCACCAGGUACUACCUGUGUCUACAGCUGAGGGACGACAUGCUGUCCUGGCGUCUGCCCUGCUCCUUCGGGACCUACGCCCUGCUAGGUUCUUACACGGUGCAGGCGGAGCUGGGUGACUAUGAGCCAGAGGAACACGGGCCCGACUACAUCAGUGACUUCCGUUUCGCCCCCAACCAGACGAGGGAGCUAGAGGAGAGGGUGAUGGAGCUUCACCGCAACUACAGGGGAAUGAGUCCAGCGGAGGCAGAGGUGAACUUUCUAGAAAAUGCCAAGAAGCUUUCCAUGUAUGGUGUAGACCUGCAUCACGCCAAGGAUUCAGAGGGCAUUGACAUCAUGCUUGGCGUCAGCGCCAACGGACUACUCAUCUACCGUGACCGUCUGAGGAUCAACCGCUUCGCCUGGCCGAAGAUCCUCAAAAUCUCCUACAAGAGGAGCAACUUCUACAUCAAAAUACGCCCCGGGGAGUAUGAACAGUUUGAGAGCACCAUCGGCUUCAAGCUGCCCAACCACCGGGCUUCCAAACGCCUGUGGAAGGUCUGCAUUGAACACCACACCUUCUUCAGGUUGGUGUCUCCAGAGCCCCCUCCCAAGGGCUUCCUGGUGAUUGGCUCCAAAUUCCGCUACAGUGGGCGGACCCAGGCCCAGUCACGUCAGGCCAGUGUGCUGAUCGACCGGCCAGCUCCACAGUUUGACCGUUCGGUUAGCAAGAGGUACCUGCUGCCUCGCAGUGUGGACGGAGCCUCAGCCCUGGGAGACAGCAUGGACCAGCUGUCCCAGCGCAGCUCCAGUGAUCACACCCAGUUCCUGUCCAGAGAAGACCUGGAACAAGAGGGCAGUCUGGACCUAGACCAGGAUCAGGAUUACCAGGAACAAGACCAGGAGUACCAGGAUCAGGACGAGGAGACUGAUGGUUUUGCCGCGUCCGCCAAGACCAUGGAGCUGAAGGGUGAGGAGGCAGGCUCGCCAGUAGACUCGAAGCUUGAGCAGCAGUUCCUGGACAAGCCCGAGGAUGUCCUGCAGAAGCACCAGGCCAGCAUCAACGAACUAAAGAGAGCUCUCAGGGAGCCCAACAGCAAGCUGUCACAGAGGGAGAAACGCUUGUCCACAGCCACGCCCCCUGGAGGCACCCCAGAGAGGAAACAGGAGACCCCUCCUACACCUGCCAUUCACGAGGAGCCUUUUGACGAAGCCAUGAGGGAGCCGUGGGAGCGGCGGUUGGGCUCAGUGUCAGAGGACGACCAAGACCACGAGACCCUGUACCUGAAGGAAACCCACCUGGGCAUUGAGCGCAAGUGCUCCAGCAUCACAGUCAGCUCUACGUCCAGCCUGGAGGCCGAGGUGGACUUCACUGUCCUCAUGGACCUCCAUACGGGCAUGGAGGAGUUCUCCAGGGGCAUGAUGGAGCUGGGCGAGAGGCCCAUGUCACCUGACGUGGGCCUCAGCCUGAGUAUCGACCUGCAGGGAACCCCGCCACCUCUCGUCUCGGCUCCUCUCACCGGGGCUAGCAGCAGCCCUCCUACCAAGCAGCUACACACCGAAGACGUCCGACAUCAUGAGCCUGUUGUGCCCAGAAAACCAAAGAGGUCAGUUCCCAUCGACAGAGACCAGUCACAGAAAGAGACCACUUACUCAUCCCCCAUGACGGCGCUGAGCAGGGAGGCUAGUGACGUCGUCGCCUCCCAUGCACUAAGGAAGACUGAGGUCAAGGUCGACAGAGACCAGACAGUGAGAGAGACCACUUACGUGUCCCCCAUGACAGCUCUGAGCAGAGAGGCUAGUUGCGUUGUCGCCAGCCACGCAUUGAGGAAGACCGAUGUCAAGGUCGAGACACAGCCCAAUGGGUCAGAGGUCACUACAACCAUCGUGGAGUUUACAGAUCAGGAUCAUGGUGUGACUGUAAGCAGUACAGGCGAGACUUCUUAUUCAACAACAGAAGGUGUUUCCCCUGUGCACAUGUGUACGUUGGGAAGAGAGGCCUCUGGAUCUCCAAUACUUGUUACUGAGAAUGUUACCUCUGCAACCACGCAUGUCACCAAGACGGUGAAAGGGGGCUAUUCAGAGACCAGAAUUGAGAAGAGGAUCAUAAUCACAGGAGAUGAUGAUGUUGACCAGGAGCAGGCCCUCGCUAUUGCGAUACAGGAAGCCAAGCAACAGCAUCCGGACAUGUUGGUCACCAAGGCAGUAGUUGUCAAGGAAACAGAAUCGUCCACUGAGGAUCCACAUGGGACAUCUUAGGUACAGGGGUCUUCAAAACUUUAAACAAUGACAGGUUUCUAUUGUGAAUCGAAUCUCCAUAACCUCUCUGCAUGAAAGGUUGGUAGUUCCUUUCAUCUGGUGUCAUAGUUUAAACCAGGGAUGGGCAACUGGCGGCCACCCCA